AUGAACGACCCAGGACUCAACACGCUCCUCAAAUGGUCCAUCGAGAACAGCGCCGUCUCAGAAACCGCCGAGCCCACUCAACCACGCACACAACUGAACCCGGAACUGCUCGCACAACUAAUGGGCGGCCCCUCUGAUGCCGACCGCAUGAUUUCCUCCAUGCAAGCCAUCCACGACCCCAGCGUCGACCACGAAAACAAAGGCAUCGCUUGGGACAACUUUGAGCAAUUGGUGGAGAACUUGGACAAUGCGAACAACAUGGAGGCGCUGAAGUUGUGGACGCCGUUGGUGGAGAAGUUGGAGUCGGAGGACACGCAGGAUAGGGAGAUGGCUUGUUGGUGUUUGGGGACUGCUGUGCAGAACAACAUCAAGUGUCAGGAACGUGCACUAGCAGUCGGCGCAAUCCCCAAGGUCGCAAAACUUUGCUCAGAUCCCGACGCCGGUGUGCGUAAGAAGGCUAUCCGUGUCAUCAGCUCCGAAGUCAGAAACUACCAGCCUGCGCUGGACGAGGCUGUCAAGUACCUGCCCGAGGAGAUUGUCGGCGAUGGCAAGUUCGACGCAGAGGACAUGGCAAGCGUGGACAUUGUCGUCAACGGAUUGAGGGAGAGAAGUGCAAAGAUGGCUUAG